AAAACAAUGGUUUUGUUCAGCUCACCUCACUGGCUGAUUCCCAAGGAACAAAACCACUUCACUGAGUUUUUGCCAAUACCUUUUUUGAGGACUGUUAGGUGUUUGCACAACUAUUGUGGAGAUGGCUACAACUACAACUGAAGAUUAUAUGGUCACAGAUGCAACUGAAGACAUGUACUAUUCCAGUGACUAUGAAGAUGAAAUGUGUGAUACAUCGAGCAUGGUAGAGUUUGGAAGGACCUUCACUCCAGUUUUCUACUCCAUUGUGAUAUUCCUCAGCUUGCUUGGCAACAUCCUGAUCAUCGUGAUUCUGGCCAAGUUUGAGGAUCUCAAAUCUCUGACCAGUGCUUGCAUACUGAACCUUGCGAUAUCCGAUCUCAUCUUCACCAUAGGUCUGCCCUUUUGGUCCUACUACUACAUAUAUGGCUGGACCUUGGGGGAGCCUGCCUGCAAAAUUGUCAGCUUUGUCUUCUCUGUUGGUUUCUACAGCAGUGGUAUCCUCCUGAUUCUGAUGACCGCUCAUCGCUACAUAGCAGUCAUGAAUCCUCUGUCUGACAUUGUGGCACUCACAGGGUGCUACAGUGUCCUAGCAUCUGUGGUCAUUUGGGCAGUUAGUAUCCUAUUAGCCAGUCCGGCUCUACUGUUCACACAAGUUCAAGAGCAGACUCACUGUGUGUUCGCAGAUUCUUUUUGGAGCUUAUGGGGAAUCUAUCAGCAAAAUUGUCUCUUCGUAGUCUCUCUGUGUGUUUUCAUUUUUUGCUAUUCUCACGUCAUUAAAAGGCUACUAAACCCCAUUGGCCAAAGAAGAAAACACAAAACUUUAAAACUUAUUUUUACCCUCAUGGUGGUUUUCUUUGUUGGAUGGACACCAUACAAUGUCGUCAUAUUUCUUCAGUCCACGCAUUUCUGGCCCAAAGAAGAAGUAGAUUCAAAGGCCUUGGUUGCCAUUUGUGAACAAUACAAACCCCUGGAAUAUGCUUUCUACAUUAGUCGAGUCAUUGCCUUUUCACACUGCUGCAUUAACCCUGUGUUUUAUGUCUUUGUUGGAAUUAAAUUUAAAAAUAACAUCAAGAAGAUGCUGCAGCGCUGGAGCCACAACAAAAGCAGCAUCAAAAGCCGACACAGUCGAGUCACCAUCACAUCAAUCACAAGUGGUGAGGAGUUUUCUUUGUAAGUAAUGGCAUAACAAAAAAUUGAUCAUAACUAAUCACAUGUGAGUAUGGCUAAAUAUUGAUGAACAGCAGUGCAAAUGUGUCGUCUAUUACGUGUAUUGAAAUAUCUGUGUUAAAAAGUAUAUAUAUAUGUGUGUGUGUGUAUUAAUCUCUUCUUUUCUGAUUUAAACAAAAUCCUUAUGUAUUAAACUGAUUGAAAAAACUGUUCAGCUGUAAAAACAUAUUUGAAAUAUUGUAAUGUAUAAGAAGCAAUAUACCUAAUAUAAUUAAUUUGUUUUACAUUCAUUAAACCUACCCUAACGUGUCCUUUU